UUUCGGAUGGGCGGCGCGGGCUGGGCGCGUGGCGAGGCGCGCGUUGCCGACGACUCCGACUUCCAAACCCUAAAAAACCUCCUCUCCUCAGAAAAUGGCUGGACCCUCGAGUAUGAGCGCGACGGCGUCAAGGUCUGGGCCGAGGACGCCGCUCAUGGAGCCCUCCGCACUGUCAAGGUGGUCGCCGAGUUUUCGGACGUGGAGCCGGACGCGCUGUACGACGUGCUGCAUGACCCCGAGUACCGCUCCGUGUGGGACACACACAUGCUGGCCGCAGAGGACGCGGGACACAUCAACGUCAACAACGACGUGGGAUAUUACGCCAGUGAGUACUUGUACCGCUCCGUGUGGGACACGCACAUGCUGGCCGCCGAGGACGCGGGACACAUCAACGUCAACAACGACUACCGCUCCGUGUGGGACACGCACAUGCUGGCCGCAGAGGACGCGGGACACAUCAACGUCAACAACGACGUGGGAUAUUACGCCAUGUCGUGCCCAGCACCGCUCAAGAACCGCGACUUCGUGCUGCAGCGGUCGUGGCUCGACACCGGCGAUGAGAAGAUGAUCCUCAACCACUCCGUCUUCCACAAGGACUACCCACCCAGGAAGGGCUAUGUCAGAGCGCUGUCCCUUCUAACUGGAUUCGUGGUGCGCACACGGCCUGAGGGCGGCAGCUGGCUGGGAUAUGUCUCGCGCUCCGACCCCCGCGGCGCGCUACCUGCGUGGCUUGUCAACAGGGUGACGGCCCAGCUAGCGCCUCGCCUGGUCAACCAGCUCCACAUGGCAGCGCGGAAGUAUCCUGGCUGGAAGUCGCUCACAGACCUGCCGUACCACAAGCCCUGGAGACACCCGGAGCAAGUGCCGCCGUAUAGGAUCUCCUUGGCUGAUUGCGUAGACCCUGAUGCUCCACCAGUCCCCGAAGAGCCAAAACCAGACACAUCCAAAGGCAAACUUGAAGUGCCCCAAGCCAAAGAAAUAGAGAGCCACAGCGUAGAAGACCUUGGAGAUAUAUCAUCAGAAUUCAGCGUGGAAGUGGAAGAAGACUUAUCUGAACUCACGCUAGACUCAACCAAGAAGAAAGGCAAGUUCUACAAGCUAGUUAAGUCAAUGAAGAACAGAAGGAAGAGUGUGCAAGUGGCCAAAAGUGCUGACAAUUUGAUGGAAGGGAAACCGGAGGAAAAGCAAGAGAAGAAAAAGGGGUUCAAAUUCCAUCGUAGAUUCAGUCUUAGUAGAGGGAGGGAGGAUUGAGAUUUUGUUAGCAAAAUUGGUAAGGAUUCUAAAUGAGUUUAUAAAAUGCCGAAAAGCCGAAAUAAAUGACUGUAAUUGCUCUGUA